UAUCUACGCAUGUACGAUGCAGGGGCCAUGGAUGAUGACGUCAUGGCAGCUCUGAGGCCGUACCUGAGGGCGGGCAUCAUGGAUAUCACCGACAUCAGAGGGGCAGCACUCUAUGACACAUGGAGCUAUGCGCAGGUUCUCAUGGUGAACGACUGUGCUCUCAGGUCUCGACAACUCACCCGGUGGGUGCUAUUCAUGGACGUGGACGAGUACAUUCACGUGGUGGAGCCGCCUCACUCGCUGCUCGUCUUUCUCAACUCAGUGCCCGCCAUUCCCUGGCUCUCCUUCGGAUCCCUCACCUUCCCCCUCGACAUCUGCGGCAAGAUACAGGAGGCGGGGUGGGAGCCAUGGGCAGUGGAGCAGCUGGUGUUUCGCGAGCCGGUGCCGCACUGCAAGGAGCCCACCAAGUACUACAGUCGUGACGCAUGCCUCAAGUGGGACGGCCACCGCAAGUACGUGGUCAACCCACGGGCAGCGCAGGUGCUGCAGAUUCACCGAGUCUACGAGCUCAACCCCGCCUAUGAUGCCAAUGCCCCCCCUGACGCUGCUGCUGCUGCCUCUGCUCAAGCUGCCGCUGCCCUUCUGGCCACUUCCGGCAGGGAAGAGGGUAACAGUAACGAGAAUGGCAACAGUACAGGAAACAGUACGAGUGUGGGUGCUUUUAGUGGGUCAGCUUUUACAGGGAAGCUGAUUCCUGUUGACGACGUGCAGGGACUGCUUAUAGGGAGUACAGGCGGUGGGUUGAAUCUACAUACAAACAUUAUAAGGGUGAAUCACUACAGGGGGUUGGGGAUUAGGUAUGUGCCUAUGUGUCGCCAGAUUAUUGCUCUCUCCUUGCCGGCGCCCAAGGGUGUUGUGAGGGACAUCAAUCUUGCCAGAAUUGCGGUUGCUUCUAGAUUGCGUUCCUUAGAUGCUGCUGCUAUAUAG